GCACAGCUGAGAAUAUCUGCACUGUACCCAGAGACUGUGCACGCUCUUCUGUCGCAGCAGAUAGGAAGCAUUAAAACCGCACAGACAGCGUAUGAAGACGUGCAGGGAAAGGCGCAGAGCGGGAUUCUUCUGUUCAACGAGUCUGAGUACAAAGUGUGGGAGGAGCAGUGGGUAGAAUGCGCAUCGCAAAUGCAGCAGUGGGACCUACUCUCCGAGAUAGGCACAGCCACUAAAAACCCAGCACUAACUGCCAGAGCCAAAUGGUUUACCUCUGACUUCUCAAUAGAGUCAGAGAAAACAGCAUUCAAGACUCUUAUGAUGCAGGACGGAAUACCAGCAAUGGAUAGAACCUUCUACGAUCUCUUUGUAAUUGGAGAGAAAACACAGCAGACAGAAGAGUCUCUCUACAAGAUAGUUGCAUCAACAAUUGAGGAGAUAGGAAAGUACCCAAAACUCUCCCCGAGACAGAUGCAGGCCGUUGAAAGGUUCCAAAUUGUAGUGGAGAUGAACGAGUCGUGGCAGCUCACAGGAUCAGAUGAUUUGCGCAGAGACUUAGCAGGAAUACUGCUGGCAUGGAAGGAGCGUGUUCCCUUUGAGUGGGCUUCGCUCUCUUUCUGGUCUAUGCUCGUCAGAUGGAGGACACACGUCUUCUCGUCCCUGUGGAAUGGAAAAGCAAAGGAGAAAACUCUCCAGUACAGAGGAUACCACGAGACAGCACACAUUCUGAACCUGUUCUCUAAGACACUUCGAAAGCACGGCAUACUCCCUGCAUCACUGUCAAACUUAGAGAGCAUCUACACACUUCCUAAUAUAGAAAUAUCUGAUGCUUACCUGAAAUUAGAAGAACACGCUAAGUGCUAUCUGCAAAUGAAGGAGUAUGGCGCAGGGCUGGAUCUUCUGGGAAUGACGAAUCUGAACUAUUUCACAGCAGCACAGAAGAGCAGUGUGUUCCUUCUGCGGGGCACUUUGCUCGAAGGAAGGGGCACGCCUGAUGACGCAGCGAAGGUCUACGCACAGGCUGUCCAGCUGCACCCAACAAAUGCGAAGGUGUGGUACCGGUGGGGGCUUCUCUCUCGGGGAGUCAACAGAGUCAACGCGGUAAAUGCUUUUAUGCAGGCAGCUGCUAUCUCCCCUGGAUCGCUCUCGCGAAAAUCCAUUAUUGAAAUCGUAUCACUGAUGGAUCUCGAAGAGUCCAGCGAAGAAAUGGAAAAAGUCUUUAAUGCAACUGCAGGCGAGGUGGAUGCGUGGUGCUUCGUGCCUUUUGUUAUGCAGAUGGUUUCCAUCCUCUCGCGCACGGGAUCGCUGAUGGCAGUGAGCGCUUUGUCGAGGGUGGCACGCGUCUACCCACAGGCUGUGUACUUCCCCAUAAGAAAUGCGCUCGAAGAAGAAAGAAAGCGAGGAGUAAAGGAGGGAGCUAUCAGUGACCUGUGGACAUUCCUGAAGACAGGAUUUACUCUUAUGUGCAUAAAUAUAGAGGGAAUAGUGGAGAGCUUUACGCUGCGCCUGCGAGCAUCUGCAGAGGAGGAGUUUUACAGGCUCAUUUCAGCGCUGCUAUCAGAAGCUCUGCAGCAGCUGUUUGGAAAAGAGCCAAGAGAGAACGGAACACUGGCAAUGGCCAUGCAGAAAAUAUCAGAGAUGAUUGGGAUGUCAUCCCUUGCGCAGAAGUACAAGGGGCUGUUCGACAGAGACUUUGCUCCUUUUUUAAGCGAUGAUCUAACGAUGCAAAAUACGCUGGAGAUAUCUCAGAAGCUGCUCCUGUGGAAAAAGAGCAUGGAAAGGCUGCUGGCUGUGCAUCCAAAGUCCAUCAGCAUAGAGAACAUAUCAAGACGCCUCGUUGACUUUGACCAGAGAAACGAAGACAUCGAGCUGUUUGGACAGUACGUGGAAAUAACCGACAGAGCACCGCAGAUGGUCAAAAUAUCGCGAUUUGAGCCUGAUAUUAAAAUCAAAAGAAGAGGCGGAAUCAGCCUGCGAGAGCUGGCAGUGCGCGGCAACAAUGGACAGGUGUACCAGAUACUUCUGCAGAUGCCCUCAGGAAAAACAGCCAGAAGAGAAGAAAGGUUUAUCCAGGCGCUGGCUCUGUUCAACGCAGCCAUCAGUAGGACCGUGGAGAUAAAAAAAAGAAACGGAAUGAUCUCCAUCAAGAAAAUUGUGUCGCUGAACAACCAAACCAAAAUAUUCAUAGAGCCUGAGCCAACUGACUCUCUAAAUGAUAUCCUGCACACCAAAAUGAGCGCUGAAGAAGUGUACAAGAUGAUAUUCGACUGCAGAAAAAAACUGCACGGAACAAUGCAGAUGAAAGAUGAGCCGCUAAGAGAGACCGAUGCUCUGGACCCUGAAAAAAGAGUGGAUAUGUUUUUGAGAACAACAGAGAGCGUGAUAGGAGACAGUUUAGUGUACGACCACUUCAUCAAGCUGUUCGAUCUGCAAAGCGACUUCUUUUAUUUCAGAAAAAGCUUGGCUAUUUCCCAUAGUAUCCACUGCUUUAUAUCGUAUGUGUUCUCGAUAGGCUCCAGAAUGCCGUCUAGGCUGUUCAUAGGGGGGAGUACAGGGAAGGUGUACUCAACUGAUUUCUAUCCAUCAUUCUGCGACCGCUUGUCAUUUGAGGAGGUGCCGUUUAGGCUUACCCCCAACCUGCAGAGAAUACUAGGAAGAGCGGGGUUAGAAGGCCCCUUCUUUUCCAUGAUGUACCACAUGGCUGCUGUAUUCGGAAGAAAAACCUUCCUUAUGCGGUACAUGGAUGCUCUGGCAAGAGAAGAGGAAGGCCCAGUGCAGGGCGAGAACAGUAUGCGGCUAUCGCGGCAGAAGGUGCAAGAGCUUAUGCGCGUUGAUGAGAACCCUGCAGCAGGCAUUGUGAAGCUCGUGGGCAAUGCAACUGCUCCGGAAAGACUUUCUAUGAUGGAUCCGCAGUGGCACCCGUGGCUGUAG